GGGUAAUCCCCUUGAGCAUCAACUGAGGAGUGGCUUCAGAGACGAUGGAGAAUAUAAGCCGGGGGUUCGACUCCCAUUGCAUCUUUCACCUCAAGUCAAGAUCUCUAUGUCGUCUCACACGGAGCCGCGUAGGCCUACCUCCCCCUGGGGGAGAUUCCUCCAGGUUCUCCCCGGACGCGGGCGUCCCUCCAAGCCGAGGUCGCAGUCUCUGAAUGUGGUUGUCUCCCGAGGAGAAGAAACUUCUUUCGAGGAGCACUUGGAGAGUCGGCGUCUGUCGGAGGCCGCGGGGCAGCUCAUCGCCCGAGAGGAGGGUCUGUACGGAGGGGUGGCGCAGGAGGUCGGGGGCGCGGUCCAGAUAGCGCGUCUCGCUGCGGACCGGACGGUCUUCUACAGCCGACUGAGGCAGGCCUUGAGCCGCUCUUUUAGCUCCGAGGCGGAAGACGUCGAGGUGCUGAGGUCUGCGGUGGACGCUAUCCGCAGGGACGAGGAGCAGGACCGGAGAUGGCAGGGGACGGGUCGGGUUCCACCGGACUGGAGGCCCGGCGGCUUCUGGGCGCUCCACGACGAGGCGCUGGCGGACUUAGUGGAGGAACGGGUGAACGGAGCUUCGUCGCCCGGAGACGGACAGGGUCUGUCCUCCAUCGAGCGGGAGAUCCUCGAAGUCGGCCGGCAGCUGAAGGAGGACCUGGGUUGGGUGGUCCGGGUGGUUAAGGACUGUUACCCCGCGGAGAUGGACAUCUGUAACCUCUACGGCCGGCUGUACCACCGUGCGUUCAGCUCGAGGCUGUCGAUGAUCGCGGAGUUCGGACUGGAAGAUGAGGACUGCAGUGUCCUCCUCCGCUGGGUCAAUAGCCACUACCCCAGCAUCCUGAGAGAUGAGGUUCUGAGGGGCGAAGUGGACUCGGAUAGGCUGGGUCCCCUGCUGGCCCAAGACCUCUACACACCCCUAGAGGCGCAGUUCCUCUCCACUACACAGGAGAGGCUUCGGAGGAGCUUGGAUCUCUUCCUGAAGGCGGAGCAGGCCUUGUGGACCGGAGGAGCUCCACCCACGGCUACAGAUGGCUGCCCCUCCAGCCCGCUGGCCAUAGAUGUACUCCAGUGUCUUAACGGAGCAGUAGUGGAAACAGAGUGCAUCCUGGGAGAUGAACGCAAAGCCCAGCUGGUCGCGUGUGUGCUUGUUGAAUUCCUAGACAGUUUGAAGAGCUUCCUCUCCAGCGUGAUGGACAGCUCGGCAGGAAACAGCAGACAGCUCCUCCUGGCACACCUCCUCGUCCUCCAGCAGUUCAGGGACUACGUUGUGAAGAAGGCUCAUCUCUUCCCAGAUGAUGUGAAGGAACGCUGCCUACACACACUGAGCUCUGUGAAGGAAUCCGCUCACACAUGGCUACUGAGCCCCACCCUGAAGUCUCUGAAGCCCCACUACCCCACGCUGGGCACCUGCUGCUGGCUGAAGAGGCCCUUGCUCCAGGGUCUUCUGGACAGCCUGGAGCUCCACAUCCAGGACCUCCAGGGGCUGGGCGACCCCUGCCGGGAGGGGCUGGUGGGCCGGCUGCAGGUGGAGGUGAUGGCUGAGUACGUGAGCAGGCUGCUGAACGGGAACCACAGACUGAAUCUGCAGCAGCAGGUGCAGAUGGCCCAGACCGUGUCUGAGGACGGCGAGCGGCUGGCAGAGGUGUUCUCUAGAGCCGGCCCCAGGGAGCUGUGGCUGGAUGGGAUCGUGUCCCAGAUUGCAGAAGUCCUCCGGCUCCAGCACCUUCCCACCAUCCAGAUCGUGGUGGCCUCCAUGGGAAUGUCCUACCCUGAUCUGAGCUCAAAGCACGUCCUCUCCCUCCUGAAGUUGAAGAGCAGUCUCUCGCGGUCGCACAGGGCGAUGGUACAAGAAGCUCUGGCCGACUGUAGGAAGGACAUCCUGACCUCUGACCCUGCCCCGCCGCCCUUCUUCUCCAGAGUUAACCUCAAGUGAUGCCCCACCAGCCAGCUAAGCCCAGCCCAUGUACUGUACAGAGCUCCGUAGCAAUGAAACGAGUCACCGAUACACAUUAGAUAGAUAGAUAGAUCCUUUAAUAAUCCUUUACAGGAAAUGACAGUGUCACAACAGCGUAUGGACAGACAUAACAAACACACAUUCCCUCAUAUAGCUAAAAUACUGAAAUACUUAAACAAUAAAUACAAUAAUAAAUACUACAAAGUGCAAAGUUAUUUUUGUGCAUUGUAAAACCGUAUGGCAGCUGAUAUACAGGACUUCCUGUACCGCUCCGUUUUGCACAUUGGUGCAAUUAGUCUCUGGCUGAAGGUGCUGUUCUUGAUCACCUUCAGGGCGUGGAGUGGGUGGUGGGGUUAGACAUUAUUGAGGCCAGUUUGUUGAGGAUUCUGGCCUCUGCCACCUGCUGGACCUUUAGCUGCUCAGCCCCGACCACUGAGCUGGCCUUCCUGAUCAGCUUGUCCAGUCUGUUUUUGUCCGCUGUGCAGGCGCCUUCUCCCCAACAUGCCACAGCGAAAAACAGAGCACUGGCCACCACCGAGUGGUAGACCGUGCAGAGUAGGGGUUGGCAGAUGUUAAAUGACCUUAGUCUCCUCAAGAAAAAGAGUCGACUUUGUCCCUUCUUGUACACCGCUUCCAUAUGACUGUUCCAGUCCGGGGGCAGUAGCAUUGAUACUCCAUUUGGAAGUUGACAAUGUUAAGCGUUUUUUUAAUUUCUUGUUCCGAUUUUUUUUAUUUGUCCUAAUAUAUAAUAUUAUUUAAUUAGUGACACUUCAUAGUUUGUACAUUCCAAACUCUCAUCAACAGAUCUAGAAACUGCAUCUCAGAAACUGAUGUACAAAUAAACUGUGCCUUUCAGCAACUAUCCCGGAACUUCUGCGUUCGGUUCCAAUCUCUGUAUGUACAAUCUCUGCUUGUGAUCGCUUGUUAUCCGUCUUUUAUCAUUAUUCACACAGAGACAUUUCCCAUUUUGGUUGGGUUAUUGGUGAAUACUUAAAACAUGCAGCAAUACAUUUUGAGCUCUGUAGUUUUAUAAAAUGCACUUUACUAUGUAAAUAAUAUUUCAACAAGUUUAGGUAUUCAUUCUCUUUAGUUAAAGGUGCAACAUGUACGAUUUGGCUGAAUUUGUCCUCAAAACAAAUACGGGGCAGCAUAUUAACAGAAAGCUGGUAAAAAAACUGUUAAGUUAUAUAUAUGCAAUAAAGUAUAUUUUAAAAAAACA